AAACUCCAAGUCCGUCAGACCACAGCAGACACCCGAAGACGUCUUCUCGUCCGGCCUCUUUACCCCAGAGAAUUCUCAGACCCUGCUCGAGAUGGACGCCGCGAAGACCCUGAUUAGCCCGCCACCAGAAGAUAGUAUCAGACCCAGUGGGAGCAGGCAAUCAGUCAUUAGAUACAGCCCUGAGCCGGGCUUGGACUCGAAUGAGCACUCUACCUCGGUGACCUCAUCUCCACAUGGCAGCUCUACAUCUGGGUCUGGGAAGCGGAAACGACUCAACGUCCCCACUCUUGAUUCCGCCAUCUCCACCGGUAGAUCUCCCAGCGAUACCUAUAUAUCAGAUAUAACUGUCGAGAACACACCUAAUCCGAAACCUCGCAAGCAAACAAGAACAAUCGUUGACAGAGGUGUACUCUCUUCACCUACUCGCGCACGCGCCCCUUCUCCCCAUCCGCGAUACCAGAUGCCACGCCACGAAAACUCACCGACACGUUCACGGAUAGGCUCGAAGUCGCCCACCAAACGUUUUCCUCAGACAUCAAAUGAACUAAACUCUGGACCAGACUACCCGCAUCCAAGCCAUGAUCUUAUGCGACAGCACUCACCCAGCCGUGCUCGCUCAUCUACUCCGGCUCCCACAUACGAGUACCCUAAAGAACGUUUCACCCCACCACGGGAGAUCAUCAUGACCCCGGUUUCUGCCCGCACGUUUUGUCCGAAAGUGCCCAAGUCAAGCAAACGAAAAACGGUGACGCGCAAAUCCGCCGCAGGGACGAAAGUCCUAAAAUUACAGAUCAAACAAGAACCUCCAGACAUCGACCUCACCAAACCUGCGCCCCCACCCUCGCCCACGGACGAUCCGAUCUUGUUGCAUGGAAGGCCAAUUAUGAGGAGAUCUAAGGAGAAAGAGCCUCUGAAGGAGAACAUCAGCUCAAGGGAUACGCCGGUGUUGGAGUCCUCUCCCGUUGGGCCAACGAACGCCAGGUCGCCCUCACCUACGUUCGAAAUGAAUCAGAGCCUGGACUUUUCUCUCCACCAAGAGUCGGACGAUGACGAGCUGCCCAGUCCAGGACCGAUUUUCGAUUUCUCCACGGGUGUUGAUGGCGAUGAUGGGUCCAGCUCUGACGAGGGGGAGGGACGGAUUGACGAGGUGGAGGGAGAGGGAGAGUUCACAGGGAGAUAUACCAUCAUGUCUGUCCCGACGAAGAUGGAUCCACCUACGAGCACUACCAAGUGGAGGAUGGAGACAUGGGGUCGGCCUAUCAGUCCCUUUCCAGGGAAGAAGGGGAGGGGGCGCAGAGUUUCAUUCGCUGAUGAGGUCGAGGAGGAGCAGGAAGAGGGUGAGAACCAAGACGACGAACAAUCAGAACAGGUGCACGGGCAUGACGAAGCAGAUGCGGACAUUAUGGACGAUUCAGAAGUUGAAGUCAGCCUGACGAGCGAAGUAGACCUGGAUCCCGAUGAUGAGCGGAUUAUGGAAGAAAAGCAUGAAGACAAUGCUCCGCCUGUGAGGAAUCAGGACCUGGAGAAGUCCGAUACAGACGAACAGAUGGACGAUUCUAUGUCGAUUGGGCAGGACUCGUUAAACAAAGAAGAUGGUCCCCAAAGUCACUCAUCAUUGCUCGGUCCUUCUUCCGACGACUACAAGGACGAGGUUGAAGCCGCGCCACACCUAUCCGAAAGCGAGCCCAACCAUUAUGCUGACGAGGGCCCAUCUUUGGAGGCAAACGAUCUCUCGAGCGACUUCGAGCCCCUCACUUCGCGGCAGAACGAAGGUGAUGACCAUUUCGAACAGGAAGACUCCAUUGAACACGAUCAUCGCGAACUUCACGGUAUACAUAUACCUCAAGAUGGCGUUCAAUCGCAGGUGGACGGCAACGAGGUCGUUUUAUCCCGGAGCGCCUCCUUCGAUUCAGGCCACGAAGAUGUGAACCUCAGCUUUUCUGAGCCUACGGACAACCGCGGGCCUGGAGACACUUCCUUCGGCGACAAAUCUUAUGUCUCGCAACCUGCUGAAGAGUCCCAAAGCUUCGAAACACAUGACAUUUUAUCCCGGCAAGAAAGACAGUCGUCACCGGGCCAUGAAGACGAUUUAUAUCAGACCAAGCAUGACGUUUCUUCGCCAGGCUGGUCUGCGCGUGAGGGGUCAGUGGAUGAGGAGGAGGAUGAGGAAGAGGCGUCUGUGGACAGAGAGCUAUCGGUGGACCCCCUGUAUGAUCACCCCGCUCACGAAGAACAUCGGUCAACACAGUCGCCAGGGAUUCAGGGUUCGCAAGAUGAAAUCUAUGACAUGGACGAUUUCACUUCUGAUGAAAGUGGCGACGAGGGCGACGCAAGUAUUGUGAAGAUCGUCAGCGACGAUCCCCGGGCAGCCGCUCGAGCCGCUGCUAUCCUUAAAUUGCACGAUUAUGACAUGAUCCAGAAGGCGAAGAGAAGCGGACAGCGCCACUCAUCUGUCGAUAGUCUUCUCAAGAGUGCACGUCGGGCGGACGUUGCAGGCUCCGGUAUCGUCAAGGCACUCUCUCCUCAGCAGGCGAAGAAAGUACGUUGGAGCACGAUGGGUGGUGUCAUCAAUGGACGGGUCGUGAUGCCAGACAGCCCGUCCAUGACGCUUCCUGAACUACUUCACGAGGCAGAGGUCAGUUUGACUACUGCCCGCGCGGAGGACAGCCCGUCCAGCAAAGCUGGCUACAGUACGCCCAGGGCGCUGAAGACUUCUUGGCGAAGAGACCCGUUCCUUACACCGGCCCCUUCUGGUCUUCGUGCGCGACCAACAUGGGCUGAGACAUCGCUCUAUAUCGACACAGCUGGGCCAAGAGAUUGGAUGAAGAACGACUGGAAGCUACUGGACGCCUGCUUCACGGAUGAGAGGCUUGCGUCGGGGAGAAACGGUGCUAUGGCGGAUGCUGGUACCGUGGAUUUGGAGGAGGUUAUCAAGCGAUUCGUGACUUUGAUGGGCGGAGAGGACGCUAUUAGGCGUAUGGGCGCAUCGUGGACAAAGGAUGGUCUGUUCGCACGCGCAAAGGCUUUACAGAAGAAGCAGAAUACUGGACAGGUAGCGCCCCCGACACCAGUUGGAUUACGAUCAAACAGUAGGGUUUCGACCCCCAUCGUCCCAGAUUUCACGCCUCUAGCUUCGCGACGAUCUUUCUUUGGGUCAGAGGGUCGACCGCCACUGCCGUCUGCGUUCGUAUUUGGUCAGGCGGACCCAAGUCGAGGCAAACUCCCUGCGAUGCUUCACGCUCCGCAAUACUCUCAUCUCAUGGAGGAGACUGUUUCCAUCGCCAACACAUCCCCCACCAACGCUAUCGCUUCCGUGUCAUCUGGCUCUGCCUCUAUAUCAACUGAUGAGGGAGCAUCGAGCGAGACGGCAUCUCCACCCUCGUCGCUUGUCUCCGAAGAACCAUCGACAUUGGACACAGUGCCGCAGCCGUCACCUGGCCUUCGGAACCGAAUGAAGACCUACUUCAUGUCUUACCUUCCAACCCUAGCUAAACCGAAACCUGGUGCCAAAACGCUGAAACCUCAGGAGGAGCGUCGUCCUGGUCUGCCUCUCCCGCCGCCGGAAAUCCUUGAGAAGCCGCGUGGACCGGUCCACACACCUAUCAGCAAACCGAUUCCAAAGCCCGCCCACCCGAAGUCAUUGGUCAACCUCCAGCCAUCCCGAAUCCCGCGCUUGCAGGUUCGGCACAAGCAGGAACCAAAGCGAUUAGUAGAGCUGCGCCCCGUCUCGCCGCCGAUUGAACACACUCAACCGGUAGCAAGGACAUCUCAGGCCAGGAGGAGUAGUGGUUCCAGCGUGAAGGAUUUAGUGCGAAGUUUCGAGGAGAUCGAGAGUGAGAAAUCGAUGGAAAUGGGGAGACCGAGGUCGCAGGCAUCUUUGCGCGGUUCUUAUAGACCUUCCGCCGAUGUAGGAAGCGUGCUGCCUAUGUGGACGCCGUGAUUUCUUGUCUAUCUAUGGAUUUGAGGUUACAUAUGUUAUAUCAUAUACCAAUACUUGUUACUAUGUACAGUAGACUCUAACAUCAUUUAUCUCGUCAAAUCGUGUAGUCCUCUCGUUA